AUGGAGAUUUCAUCAAAAGAAAAUACUCAGUAUUUCUCAAACAACUCAAUCCUGCCUAUUGACCGAUCUUCAUUCAAAUCUGAAUCUUCUGCUUCCAAGGAGAAACAAUCAUGUUGUGGAGGUAUAAAGAUAUUUCUUGGUGCAUUAUCUUUUGUUUAUUUUGCUAAAGCACUGUCAGGAAGUUAUCUAAAAAGUACUAUCACACAAAUAGAAAGAAGAUUUGAUAUCCCUUCCUCUUUGGUUGGCGUUAUUGAUGGCAGUUUUGAAAUUGGGAACCUCCUAACCAUAAUUCUUGUAAGCUACUUUGGAGCGAAGCUUCACAGGCCAAGAAUAAUUGGAGCAGGCUGCUUAAUUAUGUCAGCGGGAACAUUCCUAAUUGCAAUGCCCCAGUUCUUCAUGGGACGAUAUCAGUAUGAAAGAUUUCCUUCUACCAUGAAUUCAACUGUUAGCACUUCUCCAUGCUUGCAGGAUAAAAGCCAAACCCCUCUCUCAGCCCUGGAAAAAUCUCAAGCCAAAAUAAAUGCAGGAUGUGAAAAAGAAGCAGGCUCUUCUAUGUGGAUCUAUGUUUUACUGGGAAAUCUUCUACGUGGAAUAGGUGAAACUCCUAUCCAGCCUUUGGGAAUUACAUACAUUGAUGAUUAUGCCAUUGAAGAGGAUGCUGCCUUAUACAUUGGCUGUGUACAGACGCUUGCAAUUAUAGGUCCAAUAUUUGGCUUUCUUCUUGGAUCCCUGUGUGCCAAACUUUAUGUUGACAUUGGCUUUGUAGAUCUUGACAGUGUAACAAUAACUCACAAGGAUGUGCAGUGGGUGGGAGCCUGGUGGCUGGGUUACUUAAUAGCAGGUGCGAUCAGUGUUGUGGCUGGCAUCCCUUUCUGGUUCCUGCCCAAACACCUCCCAAAAACAGAGGGCAGAAAGGACUCCAGUACCUCUUCUGAGCAGUCAAAGUUCAUCACUGAGGAUAACAAGGAGCAACACAAAUCUUACCAGCAACAAGUGAAGAUUGGUGAGAUGGCAAAAGACUUCUUGCCAUCACUGAAGAACCUCUUUGGGAAUCCAGUUUACGUUCUGUAUUUGUGUGCAAGUAUCCUUCACUUCAAUUCUUUAAUUGGCAUGGUGACAUAUAAGCCCAAAUAUAUUGAGCAACAGUAUGGGCAAACAUCUUCAAAAACUAAUUUUGUUAUAGGUCUUAUCAACAUUCCUGCUGUGGCGUUUGGCAUAUUCUCUGGGGGACUGAUCAUGCAGAAAUUCAGAAUCAGUGUUUUAGGGGCUGCAAAACUCUCUCUGGGAUCAUCUUUCUUUGGUUACCUGCUGCUCCUCUCUUUAUUUGCGAUGGGCUGUGAGAACUCAGAUGUGGCCGGACUGACCGUGUCCUACCAUGGAACCAAGCAGACGUCUGGAUACGAGCAAGGCCUGUUCUCAAACUGCAACUCAGACUGCAUGUGCUCCCAAAAUGACUGGGAUCCCAUCUGUGGGGAAAAUGGCAUUACCUAUGUUUCUGCUUGUCUCGCUGGCUGUCAGGCAUCCAAUGGAAGUGGGAAAAACACUGUAUUUUUUAACUGCAGCUGCGUGGGAAUUUUAGAAUCUCCUUCAAGAAGCUCCUCAGCUGUGAUGGGACCAUGUCAAAAAGGAAAUGAGUGUCCAAAAAUGUUUCUGUAUUUUCUGGUAACAUCAGUUAUUACUUCAUAUACUUUGUCAGUAGGUGGCACACCCGGAUACAUACUUCUUCUAAGAUGCAUUAAACCACACUUGAAAUCAUUUGCACUUGGUAUCUAUACCCUGGCAGUAAGAGUACUUGCUGGAAUUCCAGCCCCAGUGUAUUUUGGAGUGGCAAUAGAUACCACCUGCCUGAAAUGGGGAAGCAAACAAUGUGGGGGAAGAGGAGCAUGUAGACUCUAUCACUCCAUCACGCUCAGAUACAUGUACCUGGGGCUGACUUUGGUGUUGGGCACCAUGUCCGUUUUCUUCAGCAUUGCUGUCCUUUGGGUUCUCCAGAAGAGGUCUGCUCCGCAAGAUGAAACCCUCUCAGCCAAUGGGGAGAGAGGCACCUGUGUGACAAACAGCAGGAAAGAUAAUUUCUUCAACAGUGGCCAUUUAAUUCAGACAACUUACUGGCCAGAAAAGGAGACUAGGCUUUAG